GGGGGGGCCGCAGCCCAGUGGAGCAGCGCGGCAUGGCGGGCGGGGCCCGGGAGGUGCUCACGCUGCAGUUGGGACAUUUUGCCGGUUUCGUGGGCGCGCACUGGUGGAACCAGCAGGAUGCUGCCCUGGGCCGAGCGACAGAUGCUAAGGAGCCGCCGGGAGAGCUGUGCCCCGACGUCCUGUAUCGUACGGGCCGGACGCUGCACGGCCAGAAGACCUACACGCCGCGACUCAUCCUCAUGGAUCUGAAGGGCAGUUUGAGCUCCCUAAAAGAGGAAGGUGGACUCUACAAGGACAAACAGCUGGAUGCUGCAAUAGCAUGGCAGGGGAAGCUCACCACACACAAAGAGGAACUCUACCCCAAGAACCCUUAUCUCCAGGACUUUCUGAGUGCAGAGGGAGUGCUGAGUAGUGAUGGUGUUUGGAGGGUCAAAUCCAUUCCCAAUGACAAAGGUCCCCCACCACUCACCACGUCUACAACUCCAACACCACUUAUCCCUACAGAGGGCAGCAUCAGGGUUUGGUCAGACUUCCUCAGAGUCCACCUCCAUCCCCGGAGCAUCUGUAUGAUUCAGAAGUACAAUCACGAUGGGGAAGCAGGUCGGCUGGAGGCUUUUGGCCAAGGGGAAAGUGUCCUAAAGGAACCCAAGUACCAGGAAGAGCUAGAGGACAGGCUGCACUUCUACGUGGAGGAAUGUGACCACCUGCAGGUCGUGGCAUGGCUAUGUGUACCCCAGGGUGGAAGCUCUUCUCAUUGUACCACUGGGGAGGAAGUGUUGGCCCAGUAUUUACAGCAGCAGCAGCCUAGAGUCAUGAGUUCUUCCCAUCUGCUGCUGACUCCCUGCAGGGUGGUUCCUCCUUACCCCCACCUCUUCUCAAGCUGCAGUCCACCGGGUAUGGUUCCAGAUGGUUCCCUGAAGGGAGCGGCAGUGGAGAGCAUCCCAGUGUUUGGGGCACUGUGUUCCUCUUCGUCCCUGCACCGGACUCUGGAAGCCUUGGCCGGAGACCUCACCAAACUCGACUUGCGGCGCUGGGCCAGCUUCAUGGAUGCUGGAGUGGAGCACGAUGACGUAGCAGAGCUGCUGCAGGAGCUGCGAAGCCUGGCCCAGUGCUACCAGGACGGUGACUGACAGCCUCGUGGGCUCAAGUUCCCAGUGUGGGGGAGGUGCUAGCUUGCAAUAACAACGGCUGGAUGCAGGUGUCUUCGUGCAGAGGAGCUGUGUCGCAAGACUAGCUACACUAACAUACGUACUUAUUACAUUUAGAAACCCUGUGAUUAGACCACAGAACAAUAAAUAUGUGCCAUCAGACCAAGAAAAGGUAGAGAAAGGACCUGAGCUCCACUCGAUGCUAUUUACAGAGCACAUCCCUAAGGUUUUCAUAAAAGACCUUGAAGGAUGCCUAGGAUGGCACAAUCCCUGGGCCUGACUCCAACCUCCAGCCUUUGUCCUCGUCCUGGGCUCCUGCUGUCCAGCUUUGUAAACUGGUGCAAGGGGUAUACAAGGAGAGUACAGCUCCCCUCCUCCCCGGUGUCAGGGUGCCUGUUGGGUUUGGUCCUGUGUAGAUGAUACCCAAGCAUUCCCAGAGUCUCAUUCAUCCAGCUCCUCUUCAGAUAGAAGGUCCCCAUGGUCAGACAGCUGGUCUGCAUUGCUGGUACUGGUCGCAUCAUCUUCAUCCUCAGAGCUGGCCUCACACGCAGUGUGGAAGAGCUGCAUGAGUUCUCGAAAACGGUGGGAAACCUGAGAAAGGAGGAGGGUGUAUUCACUGAGCCUGAGAAACAGGUUAACAUCUACGAAGCACUUCAGCCUUA